UAUUAUUUAAUAUCCGAUUAGUAAAACGAUCUCUCAACUUCUCCUCUUUUUCGCUCCCUCGUUCCCGUUUCUCCCCUGAAAAUUCUCGUUGAGAGGAGGAUUCACUCCCUAUCUCCUCCUCUCAAACCCUAGACUCUGAAACCCAAUGGCUUCCAAUGGCGUCCCCGAUAAAAACGCCGUCUUUAAGAAGCUCAGAUCUCGGUCUGAGAACAAGAUGUGCUUUGAUUGCAACGCCAAGAAUCCGACGUGGGCGUCGGUGACGUACGGAAUCUUUCUUUGCAUCGAUUGCUCCGCAGUGCACCGGAGCCUAGGUGUCCACAUUAGCUUUGUCAGGUCCACAAAUCUAGACUCAUGGAGUCCGGAGCAGUUAAAGAUGAUGGCUUUUGGAGGAAACAACCGUGCACAAGUUUUCUUCAAGCAACAUGGAUGGACUGAUGGGGGUAAAAUUGAGGCAAAAUAUACAUCUAGAGCUGCUGAGUUAUAUAGGCAGAUACUGUCUAAAGAAGUUGCUAAAAGCUUGGCAGAUGAUGCCAUCCUAUCUCAGACAUCAGAAGCAGCCAAUGGCCUUCCUGAGCUUAAGCUUCCAGAAAAUGUGAAAGACAAAUCAAUUGAAAAGCAUGAAACAUCAGAAGUUACUCGCUCACCUAAAGCUCCUAUUCAUUCAGCAGUUGCUGCAAAGAAGCCAAUAGGGUCUAAGAAGGCUGGAAGUAAAUCUGGGGGCCUUGGCGUUCGUAAGCUUACAACAAAGCCAAGUGACAGUCUCUAUGACCAGAAGCCUGAAGAACCAGCACCAGCUGUUACUUCUUUGGCUACUCCUAGUUCAACACAAGGAUCAUCUUUUCCUUCUAGAUUUGAGUAUGUCGAGCCAGGCACUGAGACUGCUUCCAGAGGUGCACAUGCGAUUGGACAUGUAGCACCACCAAAAUCGUCAAGCUUCUUUGCGGACUUUGGGAUGGAUAGUGGGUUUCAAAAUAAACCAUCUACCACAUCAAAAGUGCAGAUCCAGGAAACUAAUGAAGCUAGACAGAAAUUUUCAAAUGCAAAAUCAAUUUCAUCCGCCCAAUAUUUCGGAGAUCAGAUGAAGCCUGGGGAUAGGGAGGCUCAGAUCUCAUUGCAGAAGUAUUCGGGUUCAACAUCCAUUUCAAGUGCUGAUCUGUUUGGUAAUGGCACGGAUGAUUCUCGUCUGGAUCUGACCGCAACCGACCUUAUAAACAGAAUCUCCUUCCAGGCAUCACAGGAUAUAUCUUCUCUCAAGAACAUCGCUGGAGAGACGGGAAAGAAAUUGACUAAUAUAGCCUCCAGUUUCAUCAACGACUUGCAAGAUAGAAUUCUGUAAGUGGGUUCCUUACAACUCACGGAGUGAUGUUUGAACAGCCACUCUGCUUGUUACAAGACAGAGUCAUCGAUCGACAUCUCCGUAAUUUGUUUGUCUAUUAAGUUCAUCGUGACAAGUUCUCCUCGAGGCAUGCAUAAUUUCUAACUUCUCAUUCACAUGACUCAAAUUUGUAACGUUAGGGUGUAUUUAUAGGACAUAUUACAGAAUGCCAUGUAUUUUGGCGAUAAUAUAUAUAAUAUCCGAAUGCCUUUGUCUAUCGAAUUUC